AUGAACUGUAGCACGGCUGACUAUCCCCUCCUGGAGUUGGAGGAGAAGAAUUAUGAAUUCAGCGGACACCCUCUAAAGAUCACGAUGUUUAAAGGAGCUUCUUUAGGCGUCUCUGCUUAUGUUUGGGGACCUGGGAUUGUCCUUUGUCGCUAUUUUGAGGCUGAGAAGAUUGAUUUUACCGGCAAGAAGGUGCUUGAACUCGGCUCUGGCACUGGAAUUGUGGGCAUAUUGGCGGUGCUGUUGGGUGGAGAUGUCACCAUGACGGAUAGGCCGUACGUUUUGAAACAAAUCGAGUAUAACAUACUGGCUAAUAUUCCGCUCGACUGUAGACACCGUUCCAAAAUCCGCGCCCUGGCUUGGGGUAGCGACCAGGACAGUUUCGCAACCGACUUUGAUAUCAUUCUUGGAUCGGACAUCGUGUACAGCCCAUCACAAUUUCCGAAUCUUAUACAGACAUUGCUGCACUUCUGCACAGAAAAGACUAUAAUUUAUCUGUGCUCGGAUGUGAAGUAUAGAGAGGGGUCGGCUGAAUUCCACAAUGAGCUCGUGCCGGCGCAAUUUCAUAGCCAACUCAUUCAUACCAAUAUACGCCACAAUGCACGCACAAUCAGCGAGCAAGCUGAUGACAAACGGAGUUCAACGGCGAGCAAUUUCACGCGAGAAGUCGUGUAUCCUGAUCUGUUUUGGCAAUGUGAUGAUGUUGGUAGCCCGGAACUAUGGACAAUGAAGGAGGAUACUAGAAUCAUCUUUCCAGCACAUGGGCCAAAUUCUAGCAUCUGCCAUUGGCCGAUGUUUCAUGGUUUAACGGUAGAUACUGAGCCAGUUUUGCCGGUGUGUAUCCUUGGUCAUCAAAACCCGGGCUGGGAAUUAAACGUUGAACUUUCGGCUAGGAGGAAGACACACUAUGUUUUGGCAGCAAGAAACAGUUAUCCUAAAGAGUACAUCGAAGUUAAACGGGGCGAAAUCUCAGAUUUAAAUACUUUCAUUUGCCAAAGCUAA